AUGAGUAGCAUCGGAUAUGACCCCUUCUACUCCGCCUCGCCAUACAGGCGCUGGUAUGCCGAGGCCCCCCCUCGUGUCGCGGUGACCAGAGGGAGGACCCACUCCGUCUACUCCUCCCAUGCCUCCCCGCUGUCCUCCUCCCGUCUGCAGUACUCCUCUCCUGGCCGGGUGCUGCUCUCUUCCUCCUCACAAGCCGCUUCCGUGGAGCUGGAGCUCAGCCAGGCCGCCCAGAUCAGCUCUGAGUUCCGCACCGUUCGCACCCAAGAGCGCGGCCAGCUGCAGGACCUCAACGACCGCUUUGCCGGCUUCAUCGAGAGGGUGCGUGAGCUGGAGCAGCAGAACCGGGCUCUGGAGUCAGAGCUGCUGCUGCUGAGGCAGAGGUACACCGAGCCGUCCCGCCUGAGAGCGCUGUAUGAGCAGGAGGCCCGGUCCCUGAGAGCUGCUGUGGAUGAGGCCAGGGCGGAACAACAGGCUGUCCUGGGACAGAGAGAGAGGCUGGAGCAGACCCUAAGUGCCUUGCAGGGUCGAUAUGAGGAGGAAGUGCUGGCUCGCGAAGAGGCCGAGGGCAGGCUGAUGGACACCCGCCGCGAGGCUGACCAGGCUGCCUUAGCUAAGGCUGGCCUGGAGAAGAGCGUCGAGUGUCUGCUGGAGGAGCUGGCCUUCCUCAAGAGGAUUCACGAGGGCGAGGUGGUUGAGCUUCAGGCCCAGGUCCAGAUGAGUGUCCAGGUGGCAGUGGAGUCCGAGGCCGCAACUCCUGACCUCUCCGGGGCUCUCAGGGACAUCCGGUCCCAGUAUGAAAGGCUGGCGGCAAAAAACAUGCAAGCAGCAGAAGAGUGGUUCAGGGGGAAGGUGGGCUCCAUGACCGAAACUGUGGCCCAGCACAGCGACGCCAUGAGAAGCUCCAAGGGCGAAGCAGGAGAGUACCGACGCCAGCUCCAGGGCCGCCUGCUGGAGAUCGAUGCGUGCAGAGGCAUCAAUGAAUCCCUGGAGAAACAGCUGCAUGAGAUGGAGGACAAGCAGAACGCUGAGAUAGAUUCUAUGCAUGACACCAUUGCAGAGUUGGAGAGUGAGCUGAGGGGAACCAAACAGGAAAUGGCUCGCUACCUGAAAGAAUACCAGGACCUUCUGAAUGUCAAGAUGGCUCUGGACAUUGAGAUUGCUGCAUACAGGAAGCUUCUAGAAGGGGAGGAGUCUCGUUUCAGUGUAGGAGUGCCUGGGAGUGUGUCCUCUCUGUACAGCCACAGUUACUCGGUGCCCUCCUUCACCCGGCCCGUCCUUUCCAGCCUGAGUUCUAGCACCUCCUACCUGAUGACAUCACACCUCCUCAGCUCCAGCUUCAGCACCACCGAGGGGAUCAUCUCUGCCAGCCACGCCCAGAAAGCAGAGGCCAGCCCACCUGGGGAAGAGGAGGUGGAGGAGGAGGAAGCAGAGGAGGAGGUAAAAGAGGAGGAGGAGGAGAAGGAAGAAGAGGGAGGAGAAGAGACAGAGGAGACAAAGGAGGAAGAGGAGGGUGGUGAGGAGGAGCCCAAGGAAGAAGUGACAGAGGCCGCUGAAGAUGACGGGGAAAAAGAGGACAAAGCAGAAGCAGAGGAGACCGAGGUUAAAGAGGAAACCCAAGAGGAGGUAAAAACAGAAGGAAGCGAUGACAAAGAUGAGGAUGCAAAAGAAGAAGAAAAAGAGGAGAAGGAAGAGGUAAAGAAAAGUGAAGAGAAAGAAGAAAAAGUGGAUGCCAAGAAAGACGACAAAGAUGAAAAAGCUGCUGUGAAAACAGAAGUCAAAGCUGAAGCCAAAAAGGAGAAAGAGGAAGAAAAAGUAGCCAAACCGGAAGCUGCAGAAGAAACAAGCACAAAGGGUGAAAAGUAAACCAGUAGCAGCAGACAACUUCAAUCAAGACUGUUCAUUAGCUCAAUAACCAGUAGAGGCAUCUACGCUAUCCUCUCAAACCUGCUUGUUAACAUGGUGCUCAAUAAAACAGUCCAAUAGCCAUUUGCAGCAACAAAUCAAGGUUAACUGCUUGCCAAUACCAAUAGUCCAUAAAGGUCUGGUUGCACACUUCCUGAUGAGUGUAAUAUGUAUAAUUGCUGAGUUCAAAAGUGAGUGUGUGAGA